AUGGAUCGUUAUGAGGGGAAAAGCGGCCCAGAUGACAAAGAAAUGCACUCGGUUGAAGUGCAAGCGAAUGUCACUGAAUCUGUCUUUGAGCUUUAUGCCGAAAGAGAAGCCAAAAAGACCGACUUCCAGUGUCAGUGGCCGUGUGGGGAAGCUCCACCAUGUAAACAGAUUUUGUCCCCUGCUCGUGAGGAUGAAAAUUUUUUUGUCUGUGGACAGGACAGUCUUACUGUUCUGCUACAGGAAACUGCCACAAGAUGUGUAUGUGGUUUGCAAUGCGGUUUCGAUGGGACUGCAGCUAUGGAUGGGCAUGUACUGAGGACAGAGUUGUGCUACAUGAAGGGGCACAGAGUCAAGUGGGCUAGCUCGUCCAUACUUGGCAACAGGUUGGUUCAUGGUUUUAUGAGCUCUGGCUUGCUUGAAAGCCAGUACCAAGGCUUUGCUGAGGCUGCAGAACCUGGCAAUGUUGGAGACAAGUAUAUUGAUUUUGUGUAUGACAAACUGCAGAGGCAUCAACAGCAAGCAGUAUAUGUGAGGUCCAAAACACUGAUUCAUACAAGGACAGGAAUGGAGCUGACCCAACAUGUGCUGGCUACUCAAACGGUGACCAAAGCAGAGUUUCGGAGCUCCCAAACACACGAGUUUGAGGCUAUUAAAAAAAUUAUCCCUGUUGUUCAAGCUAAAGGACUCAAUGUGAUAGAAGUGGCACAUGACUUUUUGCCAAAAAUAAAAAACUGGCUUUUACAGCAGAACAUACAAAAUUCUUUUGACACUUGGCAUGAGGCCAGUGUUAAACGGCACUUCUACUCCAUGUAGAAUUGCACAAGUCCAGAUGAUCUGAGGAGGAGACUGCCCACAGUAGUUGAUCACUAUCAGGUACAGCACUCUACUACAUGAUCAGGUUUGAAAAGGUCAAGAAAACUGAUUGAUAUCAGUUAUUGAAAUGUAAGCAAGGAUUUCUGAGAGUAACAACUAAUCCUAGUGUUUAAUUAAAUUUUUAAAAAAUCUGGAAUGUAACCACUCAUUAUUGUAGGGCAACCAUGGUAGAUUUGAUCCCGAGUCAAAGUGCAAGAAACCUGGAUACCAGUGCAGCAAGACUAAAAUUACAAAUGCAAGAGCAGUGGCUGCCCUGCACAAAUUUAUUUUAGAAUCAAAGGUGUACAAGGUUUGCUGAGGACUACUAUCUGGUAUAUUAGCAGCCAUUGGUAUUUCUUCUGUGUUUGGUAGUAAGCCUUUAGCUCAUCAUGCCAAAGAACACGAACAAUGAGCAAAUAAUUUCCAAGAAAGGUUUUGACAAAUCAUCACAAAGCUACUUUAACAGUGAACCAUUUCUAUAAUUGCAGUGUCGUGGCACUUACUGGGUGGAGUCUUUCAACAAUAUUAUUGCGUUCAGACUCAUCUACUGCCCAAAGAGAAUUUACUUUGCUGACCGCACUUUCAACAUGCGCAUUUCUCUGGCAGAAAUGGAUUGGGUAAGUCACAGACAGGUAGAUUGGGAAGGUGCUUGCCUUUAAUAAUCUGCAUACAUACCAGGGUGAUCCACCCACCUGCCCCCUCCCUACCAGUAUACUUUAUAUACUCAAUGUGCAGAUAAAGUGGCUUACUGAUUUUGUAUGCCAAUGGUAAAUAUCCCAUGUUUCAGUUCAUCAAAUUUAACAUGUAUGGCUGAUAUUAUGUACACUGUUACUGCUAUUGUUUCAUUGCAGAAUGAAAAUGUUAACAGAGAAGCAACCUCAGUCAGUUUGUUGCAGGAUGUGCGCUGACCGAAUCGCAGAACAGGUCACAAAAAUCUUUGCCCCAAAACAUUUCUAUUCAGGGAGGCUGUCUGGAGUAGAUUUUUCCAGGUGAACUACUGAGUAUUGUGGAGCAAGAUGGAUGACUAACAUGCAAGACCUGUUCCAAAAAGGCUCUUUUUUGAAAGAGCCACAUACCUGCAUUGCACUCAGUGGGAAAAGUCCUGUAGGGUCAUACUUACCUGGUAUGACAUUGCACACUCCAGUUGACAAUACCAAUAUACAAGGCACCUGCAUUGCACUCAGCGGGAAAAAUCCUGUAGGGUCAUACUUACUUGGCACGACAUUGUACUCUAUGGGUCAAAAACCAAAGGCUGCUCUAGGAGCCACCAAGUUAAAUAAAAGUCAUGAUCAACAGAC